GUACAUUUAGUUGAAUGAUUCUCUCUUUCCUUACAUAUAUUUUUAAAGCUUUUCAUUUUGGAGCCUUUACUGUGACAUAUGUCUGGGUAAAUGUACAUGUGUCAUGUUAGCAUUAAAAUGUGGUUAGAGUUAUUAUUCUGAUUUGCACAGUUGGGGAUUAAGCAGUAGGAACUCGAUAAACCGGUCUUGGCAGCGUAUUGUUCUUUUUAAGGACUUGAUUUUGCUCAGUUUUUUUGGAUACUGCUAGUGCGGUUGAAUUUUAUUUUUUUGUUGUUAGCUGUCUAGAGUUUAGUAGGCGUUUGUUUUCCUACUUUUUAAAUUGAAUUGGUACUGGAUCAGAAUUUUUAAAUAGUGAUUCAAACAUGUUUUCAUGUAAAAUGGAGGGGGAGGAAGAGAUGAUAUGAUUGACUAUUUUGCAAUAUAGAACGUUUUUGCACUAUAUUUAUGUGUUUGGUGACCCAAAGGGAUGUAUACAUUCAAUAUACAUGCUUCCACUGUUUUAUGUGAUAUGAAAAAUAAGUUGUUUUCUGCAAUCGCCCUCCCUAUUGAUUGGUACUUGUGUCCUUGUCCUAAUAAAUUCCACAGUAAAUUAAACAGUUUAUGCAAGAUGGCUGGUGUGAAACGAAGAAUAGAUACUGGUUCAGAUAUUCGUGCUCUUUACAAAGAACUGGAUGCUGUUUCAUGCCCUAUCUGCAUGGACCAUCCACAUAAUGCAGUUCUCCUCCUUUGCAGCUCGCAUGACAAGGGUUGCAGAUCUUACAUUUGUGAUACGAGUUACAGGCAUUCAAAUUGCCUGGACCGUUUUAAAAAGUUGAGGGAAAAUAAUACAAAGAGUCCAACUUUAGUCAGUUCUUUACCUACAAACCAUCAUGGCUCUCAUAAUAAUUCUGAUAUGGCAUCGGGAACAGAUUUGAAUGAAGCUAAUGAAAGUCCUAACUUGAUUGAAAGCAAUGCUGUAAUAUCUGCCAAUUCACCUGGACAGCCACAGGAACAUGUUAUUCAAGAUCUAAAUAUGCCACUUCUGCCAGAAGAACUUUUGGGAUUGGCUGAUUCCGAGUCAGUUCAGGAAAGGGUUGAGCAUAGUGAGUUGGAUGUGGAGAAUUCCUCAGAGUCAAACUUGAGCUUGAAAUGUCCUUUGUGUCGAGGAGACAUCCUUGGCUGGGAGGUUGUGGAAGAUUGCAGAAAGUAUCUUAAUCUGAAGAAGCGAAGUUGUUCUCGUGAAGGAUGCUCCUUUUCUGGUAACUACCAGGAGUUGCGUCGGCAUGCUAGGAGAGUUCAUCCCACUACUCGACCCUCAGACGUUGACCCAUCUAGAGAGCGAGCCUGGAGACACCUUGAGCACCAGAGAGAAUUUGGUGAUGUAGUUAGUGCCAUUCAUUCAGCCAUGCCAGGAGCUGUUGUGGUUGGGGAUUAUGUUAUUGAAAAUGGAGAUAGGCUAGGGGGUGGAGGGGAAAGUGGUACUGGUGAAGCUAAUGGCCCUUGGUGGACUACCAUGUUUUUGUUUCAGAUGAUUGGUUCAGUUGAUCGUGCUGGGGAACCGAGGGCAAGGGCAAGGGCUUGGACUAGACAUCGGCGGUCAGCGGGAGCUUUAUCCGAACGCCGGUUACUUUGGGGUGAGAAUCUGUUGGGUCUUCAGGAUGAUGAUGAAGAUGAUGAGGAUGAUGAGGAGGAGGACAAUAUUCUCAUGCUGAAUGACAGAGAUGUAUCUCCAAUUCCCAGAAGGCGCCGGCGUUUGACAAGAUCUAGGUCAGAUGAAGAUCGACCAUGAGAUAUGCCGUGCAAUCUGCAACCGCAGAAGCUGCCUUUCAGACAAGACCUGCUCCUUGGAUCUACGGUUUGAAAACCCCAUCAGCUCGGGUUUUGCAUGAGUGUUGAUAUAAUCAUAAAUGAUUGUAUGGACAAUGGUAAUGCAAGUGUAUGGGUCUAUCAAGUGCAUGCUCUCUUCAUUCUGCGGGGGAUUCAGUUCAUGUUCUCUACACAGCUCAGUUGUUCUCUUUCAAGUAGGUGAUCAACCAAGUCGAGCUAUGAUUGUUUCAGUUUCACAUGGAGAUUGAUGCUGUGUGCUGACUAUGCUGGACUUGAAGGUCAUUGUUAAGUGGUUGAUUAUUAUUUCAUCUUUUAUGUUUAUAAUAUAUAGUCUAUUAGGGAUUUGAUUUGCUUGUUUCAGAAUGUAAAGAUCAUUGAAUGUAGCAAUAAUUUGCAUUUGAAGUAUUGUGUAAAAAAGUUUCCUUAUUGUUAUUGCCUGUGUUCCUAUUC